AUGUCAGUCCAAAAGUUUGACCAAUGGGCAAGCAAGCAUGUCGAUUUCUGUCAACUUCAAUCGCUGAAGGAUGCUGUCAUUGGUGUCGAUGCUUCCUACUAUCUUGACCUGCGCCUGAACGGCAACAACGAAGAACCUCUGAAGCACGCCCUCGGGGGCAUUCCCUUUUGUUUCAAGAAGACCGUCGAAGAUGACAUUGCCCUCCUGCGACAACACGGUAUUACACUGAUCUUCGUCUUCAAUGGCUUGGACUACGUAAACAAGAGUCGCCCAGAUUCGCUGUCGACCGACAGCAGACGGGUUCAAGAUGAGGCCUGGCACCACUACUUGAGUGGAGACAGCAAGCGAACGGUCACCGACUUUGGAAAGGCGAAAUAUCCUGUCGACAUCAUGACCCGGCCACUUCAGAAGAUUCUCAUUGAGAAUAAAGUCCAGUUUCUAGUCGCACCCUACAGUGCAACUGCGCAGUUGGCAUAUCUAUUCAAGCUCCCGGAACAAUAUAUCGACGCCGUCAUGGGGAACACUGAAGCUUUCCUCUUCGGUAUUGACAGAGUUGUCACCGACAUCAAUCUCAACAAAGCCACCUUGAGCCUUCUGACUCGCCAGACGUGCGAGGACUUACUCAAGGUGAACGCCGACGCCUUGAGAGACGCCCAACUCAUCCUUGGUACCUCAUACACACCGACAUUUCCUCCCCUCGAGGGUCUAGGACCUGGCAAAUCUACGAGUAUCGUCGAUGCUAUCAACUUAUUGAACACCGCCAACAAGAAUGUUAUACAACUCUGCACCUUUCACCGAGAGCAUCCCCAAGUGCAGGCCCUCAAGUAUGCUGACCGAUACAAGAAAGCCAUCAUGACGAUCAGACAUCAUGUGGUAAUCGAGAAGAAUGGUGUCAUCGCGCCACUGAACUUUAACACUGCUCCGGGUGAUGUCCACGAAUUUGUUGGCCAGAGACUACCUGAAGAGUUAUUUUUCUAUGUAUCGAAGGGUCUCCUAGGCGCGCAAGUGCCCAAUUGGCUCACCUCUGGUGAAAUUGUGCUCUCACUUCCUGGAGGAGUCUUGGAUUCAGAACCGUAUCGACGUUUAGUAAUAGAGCUCCUAAAUCCCCUGCGCACGGAGGCUCUCAAGAUCUCUGCCGAGUCUCUUAAUUAUUACUAUCAAUCCAGAGUUGUCAAGGUCGACCCCUGGGUGCCACAGGACACGAGCAAUUUAACGAUUGAGAUCAGAAAUACCCCGGCAUUCAAGGGACGGCUGGCGCCGUGGAAAGUCCGGGGAAAUGACAUACAGAGUGUAGUGAGCAAGUCUAGUCAUAGCUCCUUCUUCCUCCCGUGCCUGCAGUCUCUAAAAGACAGCUCGUUCGUGGAGAAAACAAUUACCAAAGGUAGAGUGGAGUAUCCAGCACUGAAGACCGCGGACGAGGUUAUUGUGAAUGCAACUUUCCGAUUUCUGCAUGUGCGCGGCUAUGUUGAUGAUAACCACAAGCUCACCACCUGGGGCAAGGCUUUGGAAGCCGCACUUGCUAUUGCAGAUGAGGAACCGACCGUCACUGGAGUUGAGAUGCUUAGACUCGGCUUGUUUACUGGUAAUUUUGCAACCGGGACUCCAGUUGCUAGAAGCGACAAGGACUAUCCACGCAAAGUGUAUACAAACCUUAUUUCCAAGACUGCUUGCUUGGGUCGGAUCCGGCACAAACCAAUGGGCUUUGUUGGCCCUCUUGAUCGACAGUUGCUGACAUUUGCGUGGAAGAUCACAGCCGUUCGUAGAUCUGUGAGGGACUUGCUCGAAACGGUCACGACGAGCAUGUUCCUGAACGGAGAUGUCGAGCGCGAGCGAGACGAUUGGACCUUCCUUGUUUCGAAAUUGCCAUUUGCUGGUGAUAAUGGAUCAGGUCUUGGAAUCGCGGUCAAAACAUAUCUAGAUGCCGUCAACGAGGAAGCGCAGAUUACAGAGUCCUUGAAGACAAGCAUCAAACAACAGGAAGGAAAGUAUAAUUGGUUUGGCCAACUCAAAGGAGGAGGCCACUUGACCAAGAGUUUGGAUCAAGCAUGGAAAUUGUGGGACGCGGUCUACGCUGCAAGUCAAGUUCCUGGGACGGAGGUGAAAGAAAGCAAACUGUUCUCCGAUGCAAAUGAAUGGCUUUCACAUCGACGUUGA